UAUAGGAAAGAGAAGGUUUAAAAAAGGAAAAUAAAUAUAGGAAGUUUUCAGUAAUUGCUUCUUUUCCGGAGUUGUUGAAAGUCAAAGAGUAGUAAGGGAAGGGGAAGAAGUUAUGUAAGGGGGGGAUUAGAGGAGGGAAAGAAGGGAGGGAUUUUUUGCAUACAAAAAUUAUUAGUUAUAUAUAUUUUAAUACUUGUUUUUAUGGAUUUGAAAAAAAGGAAGAGGAAUAGGUAUACUUCUCUUUUUUGGGGGGUUAUUCUGCCAAAUCGCGCGUAUCGCGUAAACCUAAUGGUCCUUGAAGGUGUUAUUAUCGAAAAGGCUAACUACCAAGUAAGGAGAAUUGAGAAAAAAGAAAAAAAAUUGUAAGAAAUAAUAAAUUAAAUUUAAAUAAAUUAAAGGUUUUUUAAAGUUAUUAUUAGGUGAUAAUUCGGAAUAAAAAGCUACAAAAACAAGUAAAAAAUAAAUAUAGGGAGAGAAUAAGAUUAAAUAAUUAAUUAAUUGAAGAAACAGUGAAUUUUUGCUGUAAAUUCUAAAAAUUAAAUUGCGGAUUGUGGCUGCUUAAAAAAUUUUUUCGAUUGCAGACAACCCUGAUUAGAACUCUUUUCUUCACAAAAAGUUCGGUCUGAGUCCAGUCUAAUUAUCAGAAGUCAUAAAAAUCAUUAGAAAGUCUCUACUAGUGCCCGGCGACGGACCGGAUUCCAGUCAAAAUCCGGAUCCGGUUCCGUCAAAAUCUAUUUUGCCGAGUCUAGCCUUUACAGAUUUUUAAAAAUUCCUUAAUUAAUUAUUAAAAUAUUCUCCCAUUGUAGUUCCCAAUCCACAAUUUUUCCUCAAUUUUUUUUAUUAAAUUUAUUUUUCUUUUUUUAGCACUCGUUUCCUGUCACGCAUUUUACCCUCUUAUUUAGUACCACAAACAACGGAAAUUAAACCAUUUUCUUCAUUACUUUCAAAACUCAAACAAGCACGUAAUUCUCUUACUAAUCUAAGCCUAAUACAACUACAAUUACGUUUUCUUUCAUUGUGUUGGUCACUCAAUGUUUACGGCUGUACUUUUUUUCGUGCUUUUAUGCUUAUGGCCAAGGCGAGAAAAUUUUUAUUAAAAAAUGGAAUGAAAUGUUAUGAGGGGGAUUUUAUAUUAGCUUGGCAAAU